AUGUUUGGAGCUUGAUAUAGAUUAAAGAACCAUGAACUAGAAACCUAUUCAUAGCAAAUAACGAAGGCUGGAUAUCAUGGGUUGGAGGACUUGAAAUUUUCUGAAUUUCCUGAGUUGAUUGAAAUUUGGUACAAGAAGCCUCAAGAAAACUUGCCUUUCAGAAUGCUUAAAUUUCUAGAAGUUGAUAAUUGUAGCAAUUUGACAUACCUUCUUACCCCAUCCAUGACAUUGGGCCUUGUACAAUUGCAUGUUCUGAAAGUCACAAAGUGUACCAUGAUGGAGCAAGUGAUAACAGGAGGAGGAGCUGAGGAGACGUUCCCUCUCCUAAACACUAUUCUUUUAGAGUCUUGUUUCAUCUUGACGUCUUUCUAUGAGGGAAGCAGUAGGCUCAGAUUUUCAAGUUUGAAACAAAUUACUGUAGCGGACUGCCCAAAACUGUUGACUUUUGCUUCUUCAUUUUCAAGAGAGCAAGGGAAAGAGAUGACUGCCAAUGACAAAGGAAAUGAACAAAGGCCUGAACUCCCUACUCAACCUUUCUUCAGUGAGAAGGUUGCAUUUGCGAACCUAGAGGAGUUGGAAUUGUCUUGGAUUAAUGUUAACACCAUAUGGCACACUUCAAUAACAUCUUCUCAUGUUGCGAAACUGACGAAGUUGAUCAUCGAGGGCUGUAAUAAUUUGGAAUAUCUAUUCCCAUCUUCCAUAGCGUUGGGCCUUGUGCAACUCUGUAGUUUGAAAGUCACAAACUGUGCUAAGAUGGAGCAAGUGAUCACAGGAGAAGGAGCUGAGGACCUGUUUCCUAAGCUAUUCACUAUUAUUUUAGAGUCUUGUCCCAACUUGAAAUCUUUGGCUGCUUUUGCUUCUUCAUUUUCAAGUGACCAAAAGAAAGAGAUAACAACUGAUGACACAAAAAGUGAAGAAAGGAAUGUCAUCCCUGCUCAACCUUUCUUCAGUGAUAAGGUUGCAUUUGCGAACCUAGAGGAGUUGGAAUUGUCUUGGAUUAAUGUUAACACCAUAUGGCACGCUUCAAUAACAUCUUCUCAUGUUGCAAAAUUGACGAAGUUGAUCGUCGAAGGCUGUGGUAAUUUGGAAUAUCUAUUCCCAUCUUCCAUAGCGUUGGGCCUUGUGCAACUCUAUAGUCUGAAAGUCACAAACUGUGCCAAGAUGGAGCAAGUGAUCAAAGGAGAAGGAGCUGAGGACCUGUUUCCUAAGCUAUUCACUGUUAUUUUAGAGUCUUGUCCCAACUUGAAAUGUUUCUACGAGGGAAAUAGUCGGCUUGAGUUUCCACGGUUGUAUGAAAUUACUGUUGUUAACUGCCUAGCUUUGGCUGCUUUUGCUUCUUCAUUUUCAAGUGACCAAAAGAAAGAGAUAACAACUAAUGACAUAGAAAGUGAAGAAAGGCAUGUCAUCCCUACUCAACCUUUCUUCAGUGAUAAGGUUGGGUUACCAAGCCUAGAGGAGCUACAAUUAUGCUGGAUCAAUGUUAAUAUCAAAUGGGACACUUCAAUAACAUCUUUUUGUUUCAAGAAAUUGAAGAAAUUGAUCAUUCAAGGCUUUGAUAAUUUGGAAUUUUUAUUCUCAUCUUGCGUGGCUAGAGAUCUGGUGAUGCUUGAACGACUUGAAAUAAGAGAAUGCAAGAGGAUGAGAGGGAUUAUUGUCACAAAGAAUGCAGAAGAAAAAGAGAAUUUGAUUUUUCGUCAAUUGAAUUACCUAUGGAUAAAAGACCUUCAAAACCUUGUUGGAUUCUACUUAGGAAAUUGUAUUGUUGAAUUCCCAUCCUUAAAGGAUUUGGAAGUACUAAACUGUCCAGAAUUGGAGGGACUCACAGUUAAAUAUUUUGAAAGCACAAGUUGCAUAGCUGACAUACAGACGCUUUUCAAUGAACAGGUUACAUUUCUCAACUUGGAAUGGUUGACUAUCACCCACUUGAAAAACUUGGAGAUGAUAUGGCACAACAAACUAUAUGCAGAUUCCUUUUGCAGGCUAAAAUCAUUAACAGUUGAAAAUUGUGAAAAGCUAUCGACUGUUUUUUCUUCUACUGAUAUAUUGGGAAAAAUCUUGAAAUCCCUAGAGGUGUUAUCUGUAUAUCAGUGUGGCUCACUCGAAGGGAUAUUUGAAAUUGCCGAGUUCAAUGUCAAACCAAAACAUGCUGUAAUUGACACCAAGUUCAGAGAAUUGAAUAUUAAAGACCUACCAAGAUUGAAGCAUGUGUGGAAUAAUGAUCCCCAAGGAAUGCUCACUUUUCACAACCUGGAAUCAGUCGAGGUAAGCCAUUGUGGGAGUCUCAAAAUUUUGUUUCCAACUUCAAUAGGCAAAAGCCUUUUGCAACUUCAAAAGCUACAUUUAUACCGGUGCGGGGUGGAGGAAAUUGUCACAAUGGGAGAACAAGAAGCUAAAGCAAUUGUUAGCUUUGAAUUUCCUCAAGUAACAAGUCUUAAGCUUGAGGCGCUACCAAGACUCCAAUGUUUCUACCCAAGGAAGCACACGACAAUGUGGCCAAUGUUAAAAGAGUUCUAUGUUUCCCAUUUCAAUCGAGUAAAGAGUGCAGAUCGGUGUGGGCAACUUGACUUCCCUGUACGACUACCACUUUUCUCUACAAAAAAGGUAUGAUUCAUAUCAUAACUUUCUAUUGUGAAAUCAGAGCCUCUCUCUCUUCUACCAAAAAAAAAAAAAAUCAGAGCCUCUCUCCAAAAUAAAAUAAUAAAAGAACACCUUACUCCAAGUAUAUAUCGUGUAACAAGUCAUUAAUUUUUAAUAAUCACCAUACAUGGAGAAUGAUAUCACAUUGGAAAAACGCAAUAACUUGCUUUAGUGAGACUCAAGUGGUUUUUUAAUGAAAUAUUGUUUUUGAGACUACUUGAAGAUAAUUGCUAGUAUUUCUUUAACUUUGUCAUUAUUGUUUGGAAUCUCUUUGUUAGAUAAAUCUGCUUGUGUUCAUUUAAUAAAAACAUAGUUAAAAACUCUUUUAUUAUGGCUAUCGAAGCCUUGUAAAAAAAAUCUUAAUCUAUAGAUUAAGAAAAACUAGCUACUUAGUGAAUCACGAAGGGAAGAAGUGCUAACUUUAGCUUUUGAAUUCUGUAGAGCAAACCAAUUACUGUUAUGGUUAGAAAAUCUGGUUAAAAGUAAGAACUCUUAUAGCUUGAAAGCAGAAUAUGAUUUAGCAAAUAAGGGUACUAAAUGUUGAGCUUUAGAAGCUACGUAUAGUAAGCAAGAAGUAUAAGUUAAGAGAUAGUAUCUUAAAUGUGGAAGGCAUAUUAUUUUAAAGUCAAAUCAUUUAUACAUGUAUUUAGUGGGAAGUCCAUUUCAAAAUAUAUUUACGAAGUGUAACGAUUGGUCUAACUGAAGAACUCUCUUCUGAUUAUACCCAGGAUUGAAGAAAAACUUAAAAAACCU